GAGUUGCCCCACUGCCCUGCAGCACAAUCAUCUGGAGACUCGCCAACUGCUCACAUUCCUUCCUUUCUUUGAGAACCGAGGGAUCUGAGGCGGCAGCUGGACGACGGUGGCAUCAGGAUCCCAGUUAUUAAACUGGAAUAAGAAGACAGGCAAGGAGCUGGACACAGAAGACAGGAAUUUCCAGGGCUCCUGUGGUGGGAUGGCACUCCAAACCUYUCGCUCUCAACAUCACAAGCAUGAGUGAGGAAGACCAGGAUUAAACACACUGAAAGGAGUCAGUUCAGUUCUACAUUUGGACUCCUGGAUCUGACCCCCCCUCCUCUCCUCGUGAUGCGAGCUCGUGUUGAGGUUGCUUGUUGGUUGCUGCUGUUUUCURCUCUUGGACACAAUCACCUGGUGGCUGGUGGUUGUUCAGGGAGGUGCUGCCGGGGCAGAGACCUGAGCUGCUCGGCCACCGACUGGAGGAUGGRUCGUGUGUACGGGAAGUGCUACUGUGACGAGGACUGUGUCAAAACCAAGGACUGCUGCUUUGACUACUUCACAGAGUGUCCAGCUCAGGACUGUGCUGUGAGCAGCUGGAGCUUUUGGAGUGGUUGUGCCCAGCCCUGCCAGACUUCGGUAAGAGUCCGGGUCCGUCACGUAGAGCAGCGGCCCGGCAGAGGCGGUGAACCCUGUCCCAGGCUGGAGGAAAGGGCAGGGUGCCUGGAGUACAGAGACCACCAGAGCAGCCCCUGUAGGCUUGAUUCAGGCCCUGCAUUCAUUACAAGCAUGGAGUUUGGGAAAAGAAGGCCCAGUCACGACAGCUAUGGAAACCCUCUGGACCAUGGAUUUUGUGUGGAAUUCAAGCUAGACUCACGGACUCCCCACUGUACGGUGGAGAACCAGCCUCACACACACUGGAUGCGCUACAUUACAGAAGGCUUUAAAGUAUGUGUGGCUUGUGAACCUCCUGCUUUGCGUAACAGAAGUGGCAGCUGCCAAGGAGACGGCCAGGAAUCAGAUAAUGAAGCUGUGCUCCACUGGCAGGCAGUGGGGACUCCUCAGUGCAGAGGGACAUGGAGGAAAGUCCAGAAAACUCCAAAGUGCACAUGUCCAACACAACACAGAUUCGUCUUCACCUGAUUCUCUGAGGAUACGCAGAAACACCUGACCUGAUGUGUGCUGAUCAGACGCCACAACACGGGAUUACRACAGAGACUGAAAACUUGACAGGAAAUGGAUGUUGUUAGAAUGUUAAUAUGCUGCACAAUGAUUUAGAAGCAUAUGAGUCACCAAAAAUUCAACGUGUUCUUUUAAUAUUUCAUAAACCCACAAAGUAUUUCAUUUUUAUUAUUAAAAUACCCACAAAGCUGACUUUUUUGUUUUUAAAAAAAAAAAAAACUCUUUGCCUUUGUCUUGAGCACCCUCUUGUGGUAAAACGGAUAAACACAGAAAUGAAAAAUAAUCUGUACAACAAAUAUAGAACUUUUCAAUUAAAAACUUUAGCAAAAAAAAAAAAAAAAA